AUGCCAGCUGCAGAUCAAGAUGCCAUGAAUGCCAGCCGCCUGGCUAAAUUCAAAUAUCACAACAAGUCAGAAGAUGCCAGACGUAGGAGAAAUGAAGUGUCAAUUGAACUCCGCAAAGCGCGUCGUGAUGAUCAGCUUCUCAAGCGUCGUAACAUCACAAUCGAGGCUAUUGAGUCAUCUCCGAAGUCUCCAGAAUCAUCAGUACAGUCACCAGUACUGAUGACAAUUGAAGAGAUUGUCAAUGCAUCUGGUACAUCUGAACAAACUCACAUUGUAAUUAACAAUGGCGCCAUUCCAAAGCUUAUCGAGUUACUUAAGUCACCAGCUCAGAAUGUCGCUGAACAAGCUGUCUGGGCCCUUGGUAACAUCGCUGGAGAUGGACCAACUACUCGUGAUCUUCUAAGCUUUAUCAGAAAUAUUGUCUGGACUUUAUCAAAUUUGUGCCGAAACAAAAAUCCACCACCACCGUUCGAGAUUGUUAAAACUGCUUUGCCAACUUUAUGCGCACUUUUGGACACUGGGGAUAUUGAUGUUCUUGCUGACGCUUGCUGGGCAUUGUCAUACUUAACCGAUGGAAGCAAUGAAAACAUCCAAACUGUAUUGGAAAGCGGAGUUGUUCCAAAACUCGUUAGAUUGUUGGGUUCAGAAGAAGUUACCGUUCUGACACCGGCACUGAGAGCUGUAGGAAACAUUGUCACUGGCAAUGAUGUACAGACAGACGCUAUUAUUCUUGCUGGUGGAUUGGAGAAAUUGUGUUCUCUGUUGACUCACAAACGCUCCAACGUCGUUAAAGAAGCUGCCUGGACAAUCAGUAACAUUACUGCUGGAAACUCUAAACAAAUUCAGCACGUCAUUGAUGCUGGUAUAAUUACACCGUUGGUCCACGUUCUUGCUUAUGGAGAUUUUAAAUCUCAAAAAGAAGCUGCCUGGGCAGUUACUAAUUUGACAUCCGGUGGAACCGUAGAACAAUUAGUUAUACUAGUACAAAACGGCGUGCUUACACCAUUCUGUAAUUUAUUAGAUGCUAAAGAUUAUAAAACUGUUAUGGUUGUGCUUGAUGGAUUAACAAACAUCCUCAAUGCUGCUGACAAAAUGGGCCAGAUUGAGAGCAUCGCGAUUAUGAUUGAAGAAAAUGGUGGACUUGAUAAGUUGGAAGCACUUCAGAACCACGAGAAUGAGAAAGUUUAUCAAAAGGCUGUAGCUAUGAUUGAUGCUUUCUUCUCUGAAGGGGAUGAUGAGAACCAACAGAUUGUACCGCAAGAAAAUGGCAAUCAAUUUAAUUUCCAAGUAUCCGAAAGUGCUCCACAGGGUGGUUUUCAAUUUUGA